ACCUCCCCGCAGAGCAAUCACUACCACAUCCUUUACUCCAUUUUUCUUCCUUCUUCCUAGGAAAUGGCUGGUGCCGGAUCCAACAACAGAGAUAUCACAGGGUGGGCAGCAAGAGAUGCCUCAGGAGUCUUGACACCUUAUACCUACGCACUAAGGGAAACCGGCCCGGAGGAUGUGUUCAUCAAGGUGUUGUACUGUGGGAUUUGCCACACUGAUAUCCACCAAGCAAAGAACCACUUGGGCAUGUCCAAUUAUCCAAUGGUCCCUGGACAUGAAGUCGUUGGGGAAGUGGUUGAGGUGGGCUCAAAGGUGAGCAAGUUUAGAGUUGGUGACACGGUUGGUGCCGGGGUGAUUGUUGGGUGCUGCCGAGCAUGCGGACCUUGCAAGGGAAACAUAGAGCAGUACUGUAACAAGAGGAUUUGGUCGUACAACGAUGUCUACACUGAUGGGAAGCCCACCCAAGGUGGCUUUGCUUCUGCCAUGGUUGUUGAUCAGAAGUUUGUGGUGAAAAUACCGGACGGAUUGGCACCGGAACAGGCAGCACCACUCCUCUGUGCAGGCUUGACCGUGUACAGUCCACUGAAGACUUUUGGUUUGAUAAAGAGUGGGUUGAAGGGAGGGAUCCUUGGCCUUGGAGGAGUAGGACACAUGGGAGUCAAGAUUGCUAAGGCCAUGGGCCACCAUGUCACUGUCAUCAGCUCCUCAGACAAGAAGAGGGAGGAGGCUAUGGAGCACCUCGGCGCCGACGCUUACGUCGUGAGCUCCGACGCCGAUCAGAUGGCAUCUGCCAUGGAUACUCUCGACUACAUCAUCGACACUGUCCCGGUGUUCCACCCUUUGGAGCCCUACAUCUCUCUCCUCAAAGUUGAUGGCAAGUUGAUCAUGACUGGAGUCAUUAACCAGCCGAUGCAGUUUGUCACUCCUAUGAUCAUGCUAGGGAGGAAAUCUAUCAUAGGGACUUUCGUUGGGAGUAUGGAGGAGGCACAGGAGAUGUUAGAGUUUUGUAAGGAGAAGGGGCUGACAUCCAUGAUUGAGAUGGUGGAAAUGGAUUAUGUGAACCAAGCAAUGGAGAGGCUGGAGCGUAAUGAUGUCAGGUAUCGGUUUGUUGUGGAUGUGGCUCGCAGCAAACUCUGAACAUAAUCCUCAAGCGAUCAGGACACCAAUGAAAGGGUUUAAAUGUGUUUCAACCUGUUGUAUGGUGGCGAGUUUCAUUAAGUUGGUUUCUACUCUUCCCUUGUUACUGGUUUGGUUGAUUUUAGAAUAAGAAUUAGAAGGUACCCUGUACUUUCUCAUGAAUGCUUCUAUUCUCGAGUAUGUUGCAAUUGCAAAAACUUUCUUCUAUUACGUUCAAAUGGUCGUGUUAUACAUC